UUUUAUGUAUAUAACUUAUCAUAAGCCAUUUUCAGUACAAGUUGACCGAAUUCACCACACAAAAAAAAAAAAUCAUUUAUAGAUGAUCAUGGCAGAAGCAACAGACUUCCCUUUGAAAGAUAGCUAUACGCUUAGUUUCAAAGCUUAUCACAAUGUCUCGGAGGAGCAUAAUGAAAACCUCGCUUUUCUACGGCAACACAUCCCAACUGCAUUACAAAAGCUACAACUUGGUAAAAACAAACCAGUAUUAAACAUACUCAGUAUUGGGGCUGGUGAUGGCUUUAUUGACCAAGAAAUACUAAAGAUUGUGCAAGAAGGAUAUCUGAAUGCAGGCGACAAACAGUUGCAAGAAGUUGAGAUCCUGAACACAGCAGUUGAACCCAACAGUAAAUUCUUUGGUCAGUACAAAGAAUCCAUUGAAAGGCGAUCUGACCGGUCAAAAGGACCUCCUCAUCAAAGACCAGUUAAGUUCGAUCUGAAACUGAUGUCAUUCGAGGAAUACACAGGGAGUAAACACGAUCAAAACCAGUACGACAUAGUCCAUGCCAUACACAGUCUUUAUUAUGUUGAGAGCAUGGAGUCUACAUUGAAGCAUUGCUAUUACAACGAACUGGGAGAGAAAGGAUUGAUCGUAUGCCUGCUUGGAAAUGACUCCGAUUUACCAGCUGUAACAAGUAAAAUCUUAAAGAAAUAUCGCGCUGAAUAUCAAAGAAAUCCCUGCAGGGAUAAUGCAGCCGCAAAUUUUAUUCACUUUGCUGAAAAGAAUUCGAUGAAGUACGAAAAGGUGGUCGUUCCUUUCUCGGUUGACGUGACAAGCGUUGUCGAUGAAAGUUCUGAGGAAGGAGGUCAUCUGCUUGACUUUUGUACACAUGAAGUGAAUUAUCGUCAAACAGCCGACCAAAAUGAGCUCCAGGAGGUUUUGAGGAAGUUACAAGAUAUUUCUACUAAAGACGAUAAUGAAAGAAUGAUUGUGAAUGAAACUAACGAACUUUUAUUGGUUUAUAAAACUUCUUGAACGAUUAUAAAAAUGAUUGUGAGUUGAAUUAUCUUGCAUUUUAAUAAGCAAUUUGACAAUACAAAGAAAAUAAGCUAAAUCUUUUUUGGUGGGGAUUAGGUUGUUCUAGCUAGUGAGUAACGCAGUUUUUAGAAUGGUCAAAUAUCAAUUCAAUGUCUUGUAAUCCCUAAUAUUUCAUAUGGGCUAAGCAGUUUUGAUAUAUAGUUACAAGAUACGAUGGCCCAUAACUGUCAUUGCAAAUCAAAUUUCACACGGCACUACAAAAAAUUAUUCACGGCAAAAUGACCAAUUGUCACGGCACUAUACAAUAUUUCACGGCAAAAUAACCAAUUGUCACGGCACUAUACAAUAUUUCAAGACAAAAUAACCAAUCUUUGCGGCACUACGCAAUUUUUUACGGCAAAACACACAAAGCCGCGGCACAACAGAUUGAAUCCUUUUGGAGUAAUACGUGAACCCAAUGUUUAAGUUGACAGGGGGUACAGAGAGUCAUCAGUUUAUACAUAAUAUGAUGGCUAGGGUAAAAAAUACCCGAUGCCAGCUCAGAAAGAAGUCAAUCAUGAAAUCUAAAAUAAACACGUAGCGUUUUCAGCAUUAUAGUUCUUUUGUGAACUUUUAGCCUAGCUUUUAAAUAUAACAAUUUAGUUUUUAAUUAGAAGUCGCAUAUUAAAUAUAUUUUAUAGUAUUAGUAGAAUUACUACUAAUUAAUAAUUAUUAUUAAUAACUUGAAAUUUUCGAUCUCUUUUAGAAUCAUUAUACUUAGCAUUAUACAUUAUUAUGUUUAAUAAUUAUUAGUUCUAUAUUUUUUCUUUUCUUUGUAAUCCUUUUGCUCUUUUUAGGCCUUAUAUAUUGCAAUAGGAUAUUUAAUUUGAUUUUAUGUCAUGCAAUAAACGGAAUAUAGAAGUAGGCCUAUUAUCAUUGUUAUUAUUGUUAUAAUAAUAAUAAUAAUAAUAAUAAUAAUAAUAAUCUUUGUAAACUCAGUCAUGCAGAUAUUUGCUUAGACUAUUCAUGCCCGCAAUAUUCUGUAUUCAUGUAGCAAAAAUGUCUGAAGUUGAAAUAAACAUAUAAUA